UCAAAAGAUUGCAAACCUUAUUGUUGACAGAAUGGGAGGUCCUGUUAGUGAUGCAGAAGACAUGUCUAGGAGGUGGAAAGCAAGGAGUUACGAUUUGCAAGUUUUUCUGAAUACAAUCAUCCUUCCGAUUGGCUGUCUUGAUGUUGGACAUUCGCGUCAUAGGGCCUUGCUCUUUAAGGUACUUGCUGAUAGGAUCAACCUCCCAUGUAAGCUAGUCAAAGGGAGUUAUUAUACUGGCACUGAUGAUGGAGCUGUGAACUUGAUAAAAUUGGAUAAUGGAAGCGAGCACAUAAUUGAUUUAAUGGGGGCUCCAGGCACUCUAAUUCCUGCUGAUGCACCCUGUGGUCAUGUUCGAAAUUUUGGGUUAGAUACAAGGAGUAUUGCCUCUGCCACGGGAAUUGCCAAAAGCUCAUUGACAGAGUUGGACGAAGGAGUGCAGUUAUUUGGCGAUGUUUUGUGCAAAGACAGCGUAAAUUAUUUUCCUGAAGGGUUGGCAGCCCAACAGCUGAAAAUGGACCCUACUGUUUCUAAUCCUGGAUUUGGUGGUGGCCUUGUGCAGUUAUCUGGACAGAAAUAUGAAUCUUCAUCAGAACUGAUGGAAGUAGCUUGCAGUAAUGACCAGUCUAAUUCUAGCAAGGUGCACAAGUUACCAAUUGACCCUGUGUUGAAUGGGGUUUCCGGAAUUUUGUGGGAGGAUCUUCAGAUUGGCGAACGUAUUGGUAUAGGGUCAUAUGGUGAAGUCUACCGAGCAGAAUGGAAUGGCACAGAAGUCGCUGUCAAAAAAUUAAUGAAACAAGACAUUUCAGGCAAUGCCCUCGCACAAUUUAAAUGCGAGGUUGAUAUAAUGUUGAGGCUGAGACAUCCAAAUGUUGUUCUUUUCAUGGGAGCUGUAACAAUUCCCCCGAAUCUGUCCAUAUUGACAGAGUUUUUACCAAGGGGUAGUUUAUAUAAGCUUAUUCACCGUCCAAAUAUCCAAAUUGAUGAAAAAAGGCGAUUAAGAAUGGCUCUUGAUGUGGCCAAGGGAAUGAAUUACUUGCACACGAGCCAACCUAUCAUUGUGCAUCGUGAUUUGAAGACUCCAAACCUCCUCGUUGAUAAGAAUUGGGUUGUUAAGGUUUGUGAUUUUGGGAUGUCAAGGUUGCAGCAUCACACUUUUCUAUCUUCGAAGUCAGCUGCUGGAACGGCUGAGUGGAUGGCACCAGAGGUUCUAAGGAAUGAACCGUCCAAUGAGAAAUCUGAUGUAUAUAGCUUUGGAGUAAUAUUAUGGGAGUUGGCAACUUUACGAGUUCCAUGGACGGAAAUGAAUUCGAUGCAGGUUGUUGGAGCUGUUGGAUUCCAGGGUAGACACCUUGAUAUUCCACCUACAGUGGAUCCAUUGGUUGCGGGGAUAAUAAGUGACUGUUGGCAUCGCAGAAAUCCACAGGCACGCCCUUCGUUUGGUCAGAUUAUCACCCGCCUCAAGUGUUUGCAGUGUCUAAGCAUACAGGAAACAAACUCAUGUAAAUCCCCAGUGAUGAUGUAACAAUAAUUGAGAACUCGUGUAGAUGCAGAGUGAUACGCAAGUUGUUGGAUUGGGAAUUGUUUGUUGAUUUCAAGUUUGGACUUAGCACUGAACAGAGCAAAUAUCCUGUGUGUCGACAGCUCCACAAAGUGUGGUUGGGGACACCAUUGGAGUACUAGCAAAGCUGGUAAUAGUAAUUUGUGCAUGAAGUCCUGAAAUGUAGAGAGAAAAUUAUAAGAAGGCGUUUUCUUGUUAGGUUUAGGAUUGAUAAAAUAUAGUUUGUGCCAUUCAUUUGUAAGAAUGUCUUCUUAAUUUUACAAAAGAAAAGGUGACUUUUGGGGAAUUUGUUGAGAUCGUCCAGGGAGCAAAUGUAAAAAAAUUGGUCUCUACAGGUUGUGCCAAGCUGAGAACUCAUAAAAGUGAGAAAUAUUUGUCAAUUUUUAUCUUCUCUUUUCUUGUUUUA